GGACACGUAUAAAUAAACACUGAGAAGUUUGUAAAGUAAUUUAUCAAAAAUUUUUCUUUUGAUAAAAUGGCUAAAGACACUUCUUCCCCCACCAAAACCGGUAUUGCUCUCGAUGAUUAUGUUUUAUUGGGUAAUAGUGGACUAAGAGUUUCUCCGUUAUGUCUUGGCGCUAUGACUUUUGGUGAAUCAUGGGGAUUAGGUUCUAAUAAUGAGGAAUCAAAAAAAGUUUUUGAUCAUUAUUUUGAAAAAGGCGGGAACUUUAUUGAUACCGCCUGCAAUUACAACUUUGGUGAAAGCGAACGUUUUCUUGGGGAAUACGUUGCCGGUAAGCGGUCCGAUGUCGUAAUUGCAACGAAAUAUACAGCGAAUGUAACUAGUAUGCAAAAGAGUAUGAAAAAGGAUGUGAGAUACAAUCCAAAUUCUGGUGGAAACCAUCGAAAAAGUCUUGUGGAAAAUUUGGAUGCAAGUUUGAAACGAUUGAAUAUGAGUUAUGUUGACAUCUUAUACGUUCACUUUUAUGAAUAUCGAACUCCAAUUGAAGAAUUUAUGAGAUCAUUAGAUGAUACCGUUCGAAGUGGAAAAGCUUUGUAUGUCGCUAUAAGCGAUACUCCAUCUUGGGCACUUUCUCGUUCUAAUACUAUAGCUGAUCUACGCGGAUGGAGCCAAUUCAUUGGACUUCAAACACGUUAUAAUCUAUUGGAUCGAUCGAUGGAAUUUGAUUUACAACCUGCUUGUGCUGAACAUAAUAUUGGAAUUAUUCCAUGGGGUGUCGUUGCAGAAGGAUUUCUUACCGGAAAAUAUACGAGGGAACAAACCGCUGAUGCAAAAUCGGAAUUUCGUAAUAUGCAAAUCGUAAAACAUUCAAAAUCUGAUAAAAAUUGGAAAAUCUUGGAUGAAGUUAAUGCCAUUGCAAAAGAAAUUGGGAGAUCUCCUGUUCAGGUUACUUUGAAUUGGACUAUGCAAAAACCCGGUAUUACUUCUCCUUUAAUUGGUGCUAGAAAUAUCGGUCAACUCGAAGAAAAUCUUAAAUCACUUGAAUUCAAAUUGACACCUGAACAAAUGAAAAGACUUGAUGAUGUUUCUGAACCAAGUGAAGUUCCAUUUCCUUACGGGUUCUUUGAUAUGGUGGAUUUAAAUCUUGGAAAAAACAUUAAUAUUCCAACUAGAUUUGAAUCCCUUGCGGCUAAAUAUGACUUUGGAACUUAUCGUAGCUUAUUUUAACAAAGAUAGUUAAAGGGUCAUUUGUAUUUCAUAAUUAAUCUAGUAAUUAUAUUAUUGUAACCAAUUUUAUUAUAUUAAUAUUUCGUUUUAUUUUUUGUAUUUUUUAUUUUUAAUAAAUACAUAAUUUUGUACAAAAUGAAAAUUUUAUUUA